AUGUCCAAGCCAAGCCAGUACCUCCUUCUCUCCCUCCCGACCUCCAUCGUCCCCUCGCAUCACCGCGACGACGCCCUCGAGGCCGUAUCGACCACCGUCUCCCCCGACAAUGGCUCUGCAGCCUCGUUUUCGAUCCCGGAGUUCAAGAUCGGCACGCUAGAUGCGCUAGUGCAGCAGGCAGAUGAGCUGGCCAAGCUCGAGAGCUCCUGCCAGGGCGUCGUGGCGAAGGUUGGGGAUGCGUUGAGGAACAUCCUAGACGGGGACGAGGCCCAGAUCGAGCGCAUGAAAGUGGUGAAUGACAAGCCUGUGGACCAGUACCUCCGGACAUUCAUGUGGAACAAGGUCAAGUAUCGCGCAGAUAAGCCGCUGGCGGAGUUGAUCGACUUGCUACACAAGGAAGCCGCCAGUAUCGACAAUGAUAUCCGGUCUAAGUACUCGCAAUAUAACCAAGUAAAGAACACGCUGGCGACGCUGCAGCGGAAACAAGCAGGGAACCUUUCUACCAAAUCCCUUGCUUCCGUUGUCGACCCCCGAUCCAUCGUUCAAGACUCUGAGUACCUCGAAACCCACCUAGUCGCCGUGCCAUCCCAACAAGUAAAGGAGUUCCUGAAGACCUACGAGACUGUCGCGCCGAUGGUUGUGCCUCGAUCCGCACAGCUGGUUGCCCAAGAUAGCGAGUUCUCGCUGUAUGCCGUGACCGGCUUCAAGAAGCACAGCGCCGAGUUUGUGCACAAGUGCCGUGAGCAGAAGUGGAUCCCGCGCGACUUCAAGUAUGUCGAGGGAGGCAAAGAGGAGGAGCGCAAGGAGGUCGAGCGGGUUGGUGGCGAUGAGCGCAAGCUGUGGGGAGAGACGCUGCGGCUUGGCCGCACUGCCUGGAGCGAAGCGGUUAUGGUUUGGAUUCAUGUCCUGGUCUUGCGGGUGUUUGUUGAGACUGUGCUGCGGUAUGGUCUGCCGUUGGACUUCGUCUGCGCUCUGAUCCGGACCCCGUCAUCGAAGCAAGCAGACCGUGCUAAGCAAAACCUCGAGGAGAAGUACUCAUACCUGGCUGGCAAUGCCUUUGGGCGAGACAAGAAGGGCCGCGUCAAGAAGGACGACCCUAACGAAAUGCAUGGGGCUGAGGGCAGCAUGGAGUACACGCCAUAUGUGUUCUACGAGUUUGAGUUCAACUAA